GAUACAUGCGUUUCUUUGUCUUGAACUCUUCCAUUCCUACUUACCAAAAUACAUACAGAUUUGUCAAGUGAAAUUUGCUAGCUAGCCUUUUGAUUUUAGGUGCCCGAGAUGAUCCCCGCAAGCCCACCUGUAGAUUCAAAUGAGUCAGAUGUGCAGGAAAUGAACCCCGAAAGCACACCACCCAUGGGUUCAAUAGAGGAUAUAAAUCCUAUCAGGCAGCAGGAAUCGGAAACAAAACCCUCGGCGAGUUCAUAUGUUUCUAAAUUAUCAUUCCGUCAGAAACUCCCAUGUGGAGAUCUAAUUGGAAAUAGAGAGCAGUACAUCAGAAUCUGUGCUCCUCUCUAUAAUGCAGCAAGCAUUGGUGAUUGGGAAGCUGCCCAAGUCAUUUUUGGGAAACAUAAAGAUCUAAUUCUGGUCGAGUGUGCUAUCACUGAAAAUUACGAAACUGCACUUCACAUUGCAGCGUCUGCAAAAAGCAGCAAGUCGGUGGAUAAGUUUGUAAAAAAUCUAGUGACUAUGAUGACAGAGAAACAGUUAGAACUUACGAAUAAAAAUGACAACACUGCACUGUGUUUAGCAGCAGCAGCUGGAAAUGUCAAAAUUGUUAUGACUUUGUUGGAGAAGAAUCCGGCCCUUGUGGAUAUUCCUGGUAGUAGUGGAAUGAUGCCACUCUACAUGGCUUCUUUAUUUGGACGAAGUAAGAUGGUUAAUUAUCUGUAUGAUAAAUCUGGGCAGAUGUCAGGAAAUAGAUGGAAGGAUCAGAAUCGCAGUUGGGUUCUCCAGAAAUGUGUGGAAGCUGAUCACUUUGACGUUGCGAUAAAAAUAGUGACAUACUGGCCACAACUUGCUACAAGUGGGAUUGUACUCAGAGUUUUGGCUCGGAAGACGGAUGCAUUUAAAGGAACAAAACCUCACUUUAUCAUGAGAAUCUUAUAUCCAAUUUUGGCACUCAUUCACGUGAAGAUUGGGUCUUCUGAUCAAAAGCCAACUGACGCCAUGAAAUUACUAAGAAUCAUGUGGGCAGAGAUUAUGAAAUUACCUGAUCGUGAAAUUAGUUCCAUCAUCAGAGGGCCAAUUGACCCUCCAUCGACUAGUGGAAAGGAUAAGGAAGAUGUCCAGCAGCUGAUAGCGAAGCUGCCAGAUAGACUUUAUAAACUACUAAGAGAAGAGGAAUCUUACCAAAAAGGAAAAAAACUAACAAAAGGGCUUGACAAUGAAGAGCUAAAAGAUCAACCGAAGAAGUUCUCUUCCCGCAUACUAUUUGUUGCUGCGGAGAUGGGGAACACCGAAUUUCUGAUUGAGCUGAUUCGCCAAUAUCCAGACUUAAUAUGGAAGAUGAAUGAUAAUGGCCAAACUAUAUUUCAUGUUGCUGUAAUACACCGUCAUGAGGGCAUCUACAAUCUUUUGCAUGAGAUUGGGUCAAUGAAGGAUAUGAUAACACCUAUGAAGGACGAUGAAGGAAAUACUAUGUUGCAUUUAGUUGGCAAGUGUCCAAAGAAUAAUCACAACCAAAAUGACUCUGGAGUCGGUUUACAAAUGCAACGUGAAUUGUUAUGGUUCAAGGAAGUAGAAGCUCUUCUCCCUCCUUCAUACAGAGAAAGGAAGAACAAAAAUGGUCAAACACCACAUGAAUUGUUCAUGGAGGAGCACAAAGAUCUGCUCUCUGCAAAUGAAAAGUGGAUGAAAGACACGGCAAACCAGUGCUUGGUGGUUGGAGCCCUCAUAGCUUCCAUUGCUUUUGCAGCAGCUUUUGGAGUUCCAGGUGGAUACGAUCAGAACACUGGACAAGUUAAUUUGGGUACCAAUCAUUAUCGCCCUUUGGAUUUCCAUACCAGUCAUCUUAUAUGUUAG